GUGCUUCUUCUCAGCUGAAACUCUCUCUCUCUCUCUCUCUCUCUCUCUCUCUCUCUCUCUCUCUCUAUAUAUAUAUAUAUAUAUAUAUGUAUAUACAAUAAAGGCAACAGGAAGAAAUAAAAGGUGCUUCACUUUUACGUCUAUUUAGUAUUUUCUGGCAAAGCCAACUUCAUUGUCUUUGUCUUUGUCUUUGUAUUAUCAGCUCCUCUGUAAAACGGACCCCCUCACCUCACCUCUCUCACUCUUCAUCUUCAAUCUCAAACUGCCCCCACAAACCUCUACCUAACAUUCAAUUCAAUUCCUUUCACUCAUAAAUCUCUUCUCCAAUCACCCAUUGCCUCAUCCUUCAACGCCAUUCAUUAUCAUUAUGCUCUCUUCAUUUUUCAUAUUCUUCUUGCUUUUCCUCGCCAUCAAUGGUGAGGAUGCCACCAGGUUGGAACUCAUACACAGAAACUCUCCCAAGCUUUCUGGGAAUGUUAGGCCGAAAACCCAGAUGGAAAAUAUCAUACAGUUUCACCGCCGUGACGUUAUGCGUAUCAGAAAUAUGGUUACUCGUAGACGAAGGAGGGUUACUGAAAUGGAAACAUCUGUGGCAAUGUCAAUACAUUCUGGUUCGGAUUAUGGAGCUGGGGAGUACUUUGUUCAUGUCAAAGUUGGGAAUCCUGGACAGAGAUUCAUGUUGGUAGCGGAUACAGGGAGUGAAUUGACUUGGAUGAACUGUAGAUAUAAGUGUGGUCAUAAGUGUGGAACUCAUAAAGGGAGGAUUGAUGAUGAUAAAAGGGUGUUUAAAGCUGAUCGUUCUUCUUCAUUUAGAACUGUGCCUUGUCUUUCUGGGAUGUGUAAGAUUGAGCUUGCUAAUCUCUUUUCUCUGGCUAGUUGUCCCACUCCAUUGACCCCUUGUGCCUAUGAUUACAGGUACCUAGAAGGUUCUUCUGCAAUUGGGUUUUUUGCCAGUGACACUGUAUCAGUAGGCCUCACCAAUGGUAGAAAAAAGAAACUUAAAAAUGUCUUGAUUGGUUGCACCCAAACGAUCAAAGGUGAUUUAGGUGGCUUCAAAGGUGCUGAUGGGGUACUUGGUCUAGGCUUUGGCAAGUACACAUUCACAACAAAAGUUGCUGAAGAAUUUGGGGGCAAGUUUUCAUAUUGUUUAGUUGAUCAUUUAAGUCCCAAAAACCUCACAAACUACAUUGUAUUCGGCCACAACAAGAUCGAAACAUCGCUGAUGAGAAGUAUGCGCCAUACUGAUCUUGUUUUGGGUGGAGUUUAUGGUUCACUCUAUGGUGUAAAUGUUUUAGGAAUCACCAUAGGAUUUACACUGUUGAAAAUAGCACCUGAAGUAUGGGAUCCAAAUCUUGGUGGUGGAACAAUCAUUGAUUCAGGAACUAGCCUCACUUAUCUAGCUGAUCCAGCUUACAAACUGGUAACAGCUGCAUUCAACGAGUCCAUAUCAAAAUUUGAAAGAUUGUCCACAGAGGGAGGACCAUUUGAAUUCUGCUUCAACUCAACAGGAUUCAAUGAGUCUUUGGUACCAAAAUUACAAAUCCAUUUUGCUAAUGGAGCUCAGUUUGAGCCACCAGUGAAGAGUUAUAUAAUUGAUGUUGCACCUCAGAAGAAAUGUCUAGGAUUUGUUUCAGCUGGUUGGCCAGGUACUUCUAUCAUUGGCAAUAUCAUGCAACAAAACCAUUUCUGGGAAUUUGAUUUGGAGAGAAGUACCUUAGCCUUUGCUUCUUCUAGCUGCACCUAAAAAUUGGAUUGUUAUACUUAUGUAAUUUUUUCUCCUCUUACUUCACUCUCAUUCAUAAAUAUAAUUUUUUUUUUCUUUUUAUUUUUACUAAGUUACAAAAAUUCAUUGUAAUUCUUCUUGUAAUGUGUUGUAUAAUUAUCAUAUUUAAGAAUAUUUUCAAACUCUUUCAUCAACCCAA